ACUCUGGGCCGUCUCACUCUACGACAGCAACCCACUCCUUUCUUCAAUUCCAAGUCCAUCAGAAUGGCCUCCUCCCAAGCUCUCCCAACCGUAAGGCUCGUGUCAGUCAACACCGCACCUGAUCGUGCCAAGGUGGUCAUCGGACAAGUCAUUGAGAAUGUGAAGGACAGGUAUAACAUUAUCCACGCUGGCAACACCGAGACCAUCGAGGGUGUCGAGCCGCUCCUGCGCUCCGUCCAACCAGCUCCAGGUAUCCUCUUCUGUGCCUCCAUGUGGACACCCGAGCAGCAAGAGCAGAUCCAGAAGAUUGCACGUGACACCAUUCCGGGAAUCAAGACGUAUGCCAUCCCUACUGGCCUGCAGGUCAAGGUGGGACCACAGGGAAUUGUUGACCAUCUGAUGGAGAGGAUCGAUAUCAUCAUGAAGGACUAGAGAGGGGGAGGGGUAUGCAAUCAGGUAGAUAGAUGAGGGAGGGAGGAUCCGUAAGUGCGCAGAUGCAUUAGUCGUUUCCGUUCAUGACAAUAGCUACGCAAUAUCAUGCAGUCACCA